UGAUGUCACUAAACCACAACCUUCAGCGUGCUAAGCUCCGGCAGCAGAGCAUGGACCAAAGAGAAAUUCUGCAGAAGUUCCUGCAUACCAUCCAAAGCAAGCAAGUGAACAGUGAGGAGAUUGCCAGUGAAUUUCUGAAGCUGAAAACGCAGUCCACCAAGUACAAGGCAGACAAAACCUACCCCACUACUGUGGCUCAGAGACCCAAGAAUUUCAAGAAAAAUAGAUAUAAGGAUAUUUUGCCCUAUGAUCAUAGCCGGGUAGAGCUGUCCCUGCUAACUUCUGAUGAGGAUUCCAGCUACAUCAAUGCCAACUUCAUAAAGGGAGUUUAUGAGCCAAAGGCUUACAUCGCCACACAGGGUCCUCUGUGCACAACCCUUCUGGACUUCUGGAGGAUGGUGUGGGAAUAUGGCGUCCUGGUCAUUGUUAUGGCUUGCAUGGAGUUUGAAAUGGGAAAGAAAAAGUGUGAGCGCUACUGGGCGGAGCCAGGUGAGAUACAGCUGGAAUUUGGUCCUUUCUCCAUAUCCUGUGAAGCUGAAAAAAGGAAGUCUGAUUAUAUGAUCAGAACACUAAAAGCCAAGUUCAAUAGCGAAACUCGAACCAUCCACCAGUUUCAUUAUAAGAAUUGGCCAGAUCAUGAUGUUCCAUCAUCUGUAGACCCUCUCCUGGAGCUUAUCUGGGAUGUGCGUUGUUAUCAAGAGAAUGACCACGUUCCCAUCUGCAUUCACUGCAGUGCUGGCUGUGGAAGGACUGGCGUCAUUUGUGCUGUUGAUUAUACAUGGAUGUUGCUAAAGGAUGGAAUAAUUCCAGAGAACUUCAGCAUCUUUAAUUUGAUCCAAGAAAUGAGAACACAGAGGCCUUCAUUAGUUCAAACUCAGGAACAGUAUGAACUGGUCUACAGUGCUGUAUUAGAACUAUUUAAGAGACAUUUGGAUGUUAUUGGAGGUGGAUGCUCUGGAGGAGAGGUUCACGCAAAAUGCUUAAUUCCUGAGCACGAUCCCACUCUGCAAAUAGACUCUUAUUCUCCUAAAUUACCAAAAGAUGUCACAGAACCAACCAACAUGAGCCAACUGAGCAAACCAAGGACAACAACAGAAACAGUGUCAGCUUCUUCCCUUGAAGAAAUCUGUGCAAGGGCAGAGGUAGUUCUUCACCCUGACAAGUCAAGCCUUUCUUUUGACUUUCUGGAGCUAAAUUAUGAUUCUAAUAAAAAUGCCAACUCAGCCUUGAACUGGCAGACAAAGGCAUUACCAACAGUUGGGAAGCCUCUUCAGAAGCAUCAAAGUUUGGUGUUGAGCUCUUCUUUGUUUGGGGUAUGUCCUAAUUCUGAAUCUGUUGCUAAAGCAGGAAGAUGUCUGAAUUCAAAGGGGCCAGUGAUACGAACCAAAUCAACGCCCUUUGAAUGGAUAGAGCAAAGAAAAACAAUGGAGGUGGACAUGGAAGACAACUUUUCCUACUUGGAAUCUCAGCCACAGGACUCUGGUCUUGGGGAGCUGCGGGGUCAAAAGAUGGAGUGUGCUUCUUCAGAAGAACUGAGCUACUCACUGCCUCAUGACUCUGAGCUUCGAGGGUGUGAGACUUCCACUGGGAAGUGGUGUGACUCUGGUGCUUUCGGUGUACAUUUUUACCCGUCUUCUUAUUUUUCAUCACUGCCUCCAAGUUCUGCUACUUCUAAGAUGUCUCUGGACGUGUCUGAGAAGCAAAAUGGAACUGCGAUUCCUGGUUCCUCACCACCAAGGUCCUCCACAGCCCUCCUGUCCCACUGCCGGUCACCUGAUUCUUUAGUAUGGGACCCUCACAUCAGUUUUUCCACACCAUCCAGUCAGGAGACAACCAUAGUAGCACCUUCUCCCAGGGCAGAUGAUGAGACACCCCCACCACUUCCCGCACGGACGCCAGAGUCUUUUAUUGUGGUUGAAGAAGCUGAAUCCCCAUCAAGUGUUCCCACAUCCCGCGCUCCCUCCAUGAAGGUCAAGUUUGGCACAUCACUGGAAUGGAACGGAACCUCUGAAUCAAAGAGUUUUGGUGACUCUGUGAGACUUAGGCCAAGCAAGAGUAUGAAACUCCGGAGUCCUAGAUCAGGUAGGAUCUCACCCUUAUUUUUCCCCCCAGAACUAGCCAUGGAUCAUGAUCCUUCUACUGAUGAUGUCUACCAUAUUGCUGAGACUGCAGAUCUGUGUCGCGAUUGUUCUCCAUCUCCACCUCCCCUUCCAGAAAGAACACCGGAAUCCUUCUUCCUUGCUGAUGAAGACUGUAUAGAGGCCCACUCUACAGAAACUAUUAGCUGUCCUGAGAGUAUGGGGCACUCAACAUGUCCAAAACAAACACUGAAGACUCCUGGAAAGAGUUUCACGAGGAGUAAGAGUUUGAAAAUUUUGCGAAACAUGAAAAAAAGCAUCUGUAAUUCUAACCCACCAAACAAGCCAGCAGAAUCUGUUCAGUCAAAAAACUCCAGUUCCUUUCUGAAUUUUGGUUUUGGAAAUCGUUUCUCAAAACCCAAAGGACCAAGGAACCCACCAUCAACCUGGAAUGUUUAAUACAACUAUGGACUUAUAAGAACACAGACUGCAAGUGCAUCUGUGGAGCUUUGCUAUGCUGGUUUUGAAUCCCUGGGCUCAAGUGAUCCUCCUGGUGCAUCGUCCUGAGGCCAGACUACACUUGCCCCUACCAUGGCCAGCAUGAGUGUAAAAUUUAAAAGUGUGCAAAGUGUUACAUCUCAGUAAAAUAUCUACAUUGCCCUAAUAUGGUAUAAAGCUUCUUUUAAAAUCUUA